AUGCAAAGAUCCCUUAUGAACAUGUCAAGAUUGGCCGUUAGGCCAUCUUCUUUGCCCUUGUACAGAGCUGGCGCUUUUACCUCUGUUAGACAGCUGCCAUACAGAGGAUUCGCCACAUCGAGAGGAGCUUUUGCUGAGGCUGCCAAAGAGGGCAAGGAGGAAUCUUCGGAAGAGCCAGCAGCCACUGAGGAGACUGACCCUGUCGCCGAAGUGACUGCCAAAUUGGAGAAGAAAGACAAGGAACUGUCUGAGAUGAAGGACCGUUACCUCCGCUCAGUGGCUGAUUUCCGCAACUUGCAGGAGACCACCAAGCGCGAGAUCCAGAAGGCCAAGGACUAUGCCCUUCAAAAGUUUGCAAAGGAUUUGAUUGAGUCGGUCGACAACUUUGGCCAUGCACUGAACGCUGUGAAGCCAGAGACUCUUGAAACGAACCCAGAAGUCGCCAACCUUUACGAAGGCGUAAAGAUGACCCGUGACAUUUUUGAGAAGACUCUCAGCAAAUAUGGCCUGGAAAAGAUCGAGCCUGUGGGCGAGCAGUUCGACCCAAACAGACACGAGGCCACCUUCGAGGUUCCACAGCCUGAUAAGGAACCCGGUACCGUAUUCCACGUCCAGCAACCGGGCUUUGCUUUGAACGGAAGAGUUCUGAGAGCCGCUAAGGUGGGGAUUGUCAAGGGAUCAGAGUAA